UGGGCUUUUUGUUGAGUUUAAAACGAUUAACUAUAACAGAGUUAUUCUAAAACACCUGCAAUAUUUUCAGAUCCUGUAAAAGUUGAUGUGAAAUAGAAGGUUGUGACAAGUGGCAGUGCCUUGAAAGGCAAAAUGCAUCCAAUUGAGGCAGUGGCUUUGUUUAUGCCCUUCACACUCAGAAGCAAACACGUGUGCUCUCUGAGGUAUCUGCGGUGCUCUCCUGGCUAUAGCUAUAGCCCAGAAAGUAGAAUUUCUUGAUUCUUUUCCCCCCUUUUUUUACUGAAAAAGAUUAAGUGAAUUAGGGAAACACACUUAAACACAGCCAGGAAAUCAUGGAUCUUCUUUAGUCAUAGCACAGACGGCAAACAACACUGAGAGCUAGAGCUAAUGUAAUUACAAAGGAAAAAGACAAUACCUUCCUUUACCUGAGAGGAAAACUAAGGAUGAAAGUUGAGGAAAUAAUUCAGAUAGCAAUGUUCAUUCUAAACCAGCAGUUGCAUUGCAUACCAGACAUUAUAAAGCCAAGUACAUCUCACAGGCUUCUCACUGAAAAGAAGUAGUUUGGUUAGCUUCAUUUAAACACCUGGAUGACAUGGCAGUUUAGCUGUGACUGCAAUAUGAGCUAGCUGAACCAUCUCUGAAAAAAGGCAGUAAUAUAUAUUUUUGUAAUUUGGAACACCAUUUUGCUCCCAAAAUUUAGCAUUUUUUAGAAACCUGGAGAUAAAUGAGAAUUCACGAAGGCCUGGCUGAUGUGGCAGAGAACAUGGUAGUGGUCAGGAAUUUGGCACAGGACGCGUUGUUUGCUGUCACCACUGUGCGAUUCAUCAGAACUCCUGCUGGGCAACUGGUCACACAGCAAUGCAGUGUGCUGCCAAAGCAUCAGCAGCCCUGGCCGCCUCUGCACUAUAAACUGCAGUGACAUAACUGUGAUGGCAGUGGCAGAUCUAAUAGGGAGACCAACUGGUGAGCAUCAUCCCGAGCUUUUGCAACCGUGAAGCUUCCACAGCAGUUUGAUAGCUCGGGUCUUGGAAGCGUCGGAUGCAUCAGUGCAGUGUUACCUCUGAACUAAAAAACAUCAUUUCUCUGCAAGACUAAACUGACUCAGACACUGACCAGCAUCAGCUCUGCUGUUUGUCUAAACAGAAGCUCUUUCGGUUGUUUCUGCAAAGGGUUUUGAAUAGUAAAAUUUAAUGUGGUUGGAAAAUAAUGUAUUUAAUGAUCAAUACACUGGCACCGCUGUCAUUACCUCUUUACAAUAAGGGUAGAGCUGUCACUGCCCUUUUACAAUUCCCUUUUACUCUGUUGUCACUGCCCUUUCACAAUAAGAGUAGUGAAGCAAUGGAACAGGAUGCUCUGUCCCUGGAGACAUUCAAGGUCAGCCUGGACUGGGCUCUGAGCACCCUGGUCUAGCUGUCAAUGUCCCUUUUCAUUGCAGGGGAUUUGGACUAGAUGACCUUUAAAGGUCCCUUCCAACUCAAACGAUUCUAUGAUUCUAUUCUAUGAUCUCACCUUGAGCUGAUGUCAUCUCUACACUGGAGAUGUGCGUACCUUUGCUCUUGCACUCUGCAGAUACACAGAUAUGGAUAUGACGGAUGGGUGCAGCUGGAUCAUCACAGCAAGGGACAGGCAAAGAUGAUGAAGGAUGGAAAGGUUUUUAGAGUUAUCCAAGAGAACUGCUGGGAUCCAGUAGUGCGGAUUAAAGAGAUGGACCUAUCAGGAGUUACAGUCCAAGUCCUUUCCACAGUCCCUGUAAUGUUCAGUUACUGGGCGAAACCUCAGGAUACUUUAGAUCUAUCCCAGAUGUUAAAUAAUGACUUAGCUGGUACAGUAAAAAAGUACCCCAAGAGGUUUAUUGGCUUGGGUACGUUACCUCUACAAGCUCCAGACCUGGCUGUGAGGGAAAUGCAUCGGUGUGUGAAGGAGCUUGGAUUUCCAGGAGUUCAAAUAGGAUCUCACGUCAAUGAGUGGGACCUGAAUGCACCAGAACUCUAUGAUAUUUAUGCUGCCGCUGAACAAUUAAACUGCUGCCUUUUUGUGCACCCCUGGGAUAUGCAGCAGGAUGGAAGGAUGUCCAAAUACUGGUUUCCUUGGCUGAUAGGCAUGCCAGCAGAAACAACCACAGCCAUUUGCUCCAUGAUUAUGGGAGGAAUUUUUGAAAAAUUUCCUAAGCUGAAAGUUUGCUUUGCUCAUGGAGGAGGUACUUUUCCAUACACAGUGGGGCGAAUCUCCCACGGAUUCAACAUGCGCCCCGAUUUGUGUGCAGUGGACAAUAAGGUGGAUCCAAGAAAAUACCUCGGUUCAUUUUACACAGACUCUCUUGUCCAUGAUCGUGGUGCACUAAGGCUCCUAACAAGUGUAAUCGGAGAGGACAGAGUUAUUUUAGGGACAGAUUACCCUUUUCCACUGGGGGAACUCGAACCCGGAAAACUGAUUGAUUCAAUGGACGAUUUUGACAAUAAACUGAAGGAUAAGCUCAAGGCUGGCAAUGCUCUGGAAUUUUUGGGGCUUAGCAGAAAGCAGUUUGAAUAACGCCGAAGAUACCACAGAGGCCAAACUUCAGAAACGCGUAGCAGUGAAUCCUGAGGGACGCUUCGACUCCCCGCGCGGCGGCGCUGAAAAUAAAGGCGGUGAGCCGUUACGCGCCGCGACUGCCGCGCGCCGCGGGGCGUUUCUGUGCGUCUGA